GCCUCCUCCGCCCUCCGCCCCGUGACGCCCCCGGGGUGGCAGCGGCUCCGCCGGCGGCAGGUAUGUCAGAACACAGGAAUGAAUCCACAGCACUUGAUGAAAUUCAUCCAGCUGGAGAAGAGGUCCAGUCUGACUCUGAGGAAGGUGCAAUGGCUCAGGAAUCUCCCAGAAAUUCAGCAGCUGAAAUUCCUGUGACGAGCAAUGGACAGCUGGAAGAUUCUCACGAGCACAGCUUUAACAGGGACUUGAAACGUUCAUUACCAGCUGGACUUGGACUUUCUGAAACCAAAAUAACGUCUCAUGACUUUGACAGCACCAAAGAGGGAGUUGUUGAGGCAGGACCAUUUCCAGGGAAAGGUUCCUCAGCAUCACCCAAAUCAACUGUUAUAUCUGCCAGCAGUGCAGCAGCUAGCAGACUGGCUGGACAAGGUUGUGAUUUAAUUAUUCCCACAGGGAGUAGAGCUCAGCAGAAGAGUGGACCUGUUGUGUUAGCAGAUGAAGUGAAGAAUCCAGCAAUGGAGAAGUUGGAAUUGGUGAGGAAAUGGAGCCUGAAUACUUACAAGUGUACACGUCAGAUCAUCUCUGAAAAACUGGGUCGUGGCUCAAGAACAGUAGAUCUGGAAUUGGAAGCUCAAAUAGAUAUACUGAGAGAUAACAAAAAAAAGUAUGAAAAUAUCUUGAGGCUGGCACAGACUCUGUCUACACAGCUCUUCCAGAUGGUACAUACCCAAAGGCAACUUGGAGAUGCUUUUGCUGACCUGAGUUUGAAAUCAUUGGAACUUCAUGAGGAGUUUGGCUACAAUGCAGAUACGCAGAAACUUCUAGCUAAAAAUGGAGAGACUCUUCUCGGGGCUAUUAACUUUUUUAUUGCCAGUGUGAAUACAUUGGUGAAUAAAACAAUUGAGGAUACAUUAUUGACUGUGAAACAAUAUGAAAGUGCCAGGAUUGAAUAUGAUGCUUAUCGAACAGACCUGGAAGAACUUAAUCUUGGCCCUCGUGAUGCAAGCACUCUACCAAAGAUCGAGCAAUCACAACAGAUGUUUCAAGUGCAUAAAGAGAAAUAUGACAAAAUGCGUAAUGAUGUAUCUAUCAAAUUGAAAUUUCUGGAAGAAAAUAAGGUGAAGGUCUUGCACAAUCAGCUUGUCCUGUUCCACAAUGCUAUUGCAGCAUACUUCGCUGGGAAUCAAAAGCAGCUUGAACAGACACUUAAACAGUUUCACAUCAAAUUGAAAACUCCUGGAACAGAUGCUCCAUCCUGGCUUGAAGAACAAUAAUGAGAGAAGAGGACCCAAUGUUAACCUAAAAUCUUUAAUAAGAAUUAAGGGUUGGGGUUGGAGGACUGUUAUAGUGAUUCUUGCACAGAGAGCUUUAAUUUUUUUUUUUCCCUUUUAUGACAUUGUAAAACUGAAUUUGUUGGGAAAAUGGGUAACUUUAAGGUAACUAAACAUAAUUUCUAUCAUUUCAAAUACAGAGCACUCGUUUUGUACGUGAAGGCUGGUGAUUACUUCUGUAGCUGGGAUGGGGGGAGAGGGGGGGAGGGGAAAAAAAAAAACUAUAUGGAUUUGCACUGACAAAUUAUGUUUUUGAUUUCUGGUCAUUUUGGUGGCUAGUCCGAAUAUUUCCAAAUGGAGAUUUACAUGAUUUGUACCAACAUCUGGUAUUUUAUAGACAAAUAGAGAAAACAUCUUUAAUAAUUUUCAUAUGACUUUUAAAAAGGAGAGAGUUAAAAGAAUAUUUUGCAAAUUAAUAAUAUGAGGCUUGUAUGCAGUACAUGCGUAUAAGGCAGCAGUAGCGGUUGGCUCUGACUAAUACAAUUGUAGCAGAUGCCUUUUUAAAAGAUGUACCUUUCCAUUGUAGAGAUAAAAACAAAAAACACUAAAGCAAGAAUCACUGGCAGUCUGAGGCUUCUAAGCACACAUCUUUGCUUUGCACCAAGUGGUUUGCUGAGUGAAGCCAACCAUACGAUGUACUAAUCUCAUUUAAAAUCUUACUUUAUGGGAAAAGAAAAAACAACCAUACUAGCCUUAAAUCACAGGUAUGUGCCUUUUUAUAAGAUAUUUUCAACCAGUGUACAUGAUGCAAAAACCCUUUCAUGUAAACGGUUUGUCGGUUCCCAGCAUGGGAAAGGAGACUAUAAAUGCUGUUUGUUUGUACUUAGAACAAGUAAAAGCUUUAGUUGACCUUCAUGGGCAGUUAGAAUUUUGAGUGAGGAGAUUGGGCCAGUAUGAUUUUUCUGUUUAAUUGAAAAGCAUACUUCAGCAAUGAGAGCAGUGUGGAGGAUACUUCUUUUUAAUUUCUCCGUCUGUAGCGUAGUCCUUCCUCAAAUGUAAAAUUCUGUCAGUUUUAUCAUAUCCGUUUUAAAUUCAGUUUAUUGGAGUCCUCAUUUGCACAUGUUACGUUGCUUUGUGUUCUAUGAAGUAAAACUGAAAUACUUCAGAUAUGUUAUUUACAACUGUGUGGAUUGUAUGAUUUAUGUACUGUAUGUUCAAAUGCCUUUCAGCUGACAUUCUUAAAGUUUUCAGUGCUUAACAGAAUUGUAAUGUAGCGGUAAAUCAAACUUUUUAAUCAUUCCUCAUUAAAUUCUUGGCCUGACAGUCUUCUUUAUGUUUUGAUUCUGUCAGAAUCUCUUGUAAUAGUUAGUUUACAUUCCCCAGAACGUAUAUCCUAUGUGAAUUUUGUAUUCAUAUUAAAGAUGUUUGCAGCCAAACUUCUUUGACUUGUGAUGGUUAAGAGCGCAACCCAGCUUCUGCAGCGAGAGCUCUAUAUUUGAGUUACCAGAAAUUAUUGGGUAGGGAUGUAUGUCAGUAGUAGGUUAUAACAGCAAUAUUGUUCAUCUAUUACAGAAUGGUUUAAUAGCAUGCAAGUUGAAGUUGAAUGCAAACUCAAGGAAACAAAUCCUUCAGUAUUCUUGAUUUUUAAACUUACAGAGAUAACUUCAUCAUAUUUUACAGCUUAAAUGAAGUGCUGGUUUCCAGUUUUCUCUGAAUCUUGGCAUGUAUAUGGUGUGAUGGUACAAGCGAGAAGUUAACUGCAUGAUUGUGCAGCUCAGAUGGAAAGUGCAGAUAGUAGCAUCGGUGAUGAAUGCAAACAUAGUGAUUACAAUUGAAAUAUCAGCCCUCAGAACACUGUGGGAAAGACAUACAUAGGAGAUAUACAGGGAUUAUGUGCUUUGGGUUUCUUUGAAAGAGUAACGGUGGCUUGGAACUGCUGGAGUGUCUUCACCUGGAAGAAAAGGUUUGAAAAGAGAAAUUACUCAAAAUUGGUGUAGUGUUUAAUAGCAGAGAUAACGGAGAAUGAUUUCCAUUUUGCUCACUAAAGCAAUUUUUAAUUGAUUGCCUCAGAGAGGAGAAUCUUGUGUUCAGCUGGUGGAUAAGGUACUAGCAACUUCCUUUUAUAGUAUGUGAAUGGAGGUGAAGAAAGUUCAAAUAUAUUUUUAUUUUGUAUGGCUUGUACAAACUGAUUUUCUACUCUAAUGUGCAAGAUGCUCUUUAGCAUACUUCAUGCUUUGUCAAGCCCUUACAAAGACCUCUGACUGCAAAAUGUAUCUAUAGCUGUGUUUAAAGAGAAGUCUAUGCAAGCAGAGCUCAGUAACACUAUCAUUAAAGUAACAACUUGAUUCCGAUCUUUUUAACAGAUUCUCCCAACAAUUUUAUCUCUGUUCUGUCUCUGCUUCAAAAAAUGAUCAAAGUAAUAUAAAAACAAGGCAAAACAUCCCCCUCACCUUUUCUGUUUUGAACUGAACUGGAGGCAUGUUCAGUAUGUCUUCUCUGCUUCUCUGCCCCAGCUCUUUAUUGUGGUGUUAGAACAAUGAUAAAGUAUCAUUAUUCAGCAUUCCAUAUCUGCAAUUACCUUCAGAUUUUUGUCUGGUUAUCUUUUUCAUGCUGCGUACUUAAUAAGGAGGUUGUACUAGUCACUGUUUUCUUCAUUAGUUGUUAAUCUUUUCAUGUUUUGUGAUCACCCUUACCCUAAAUUUAUCCUGCUACUGGGAGGAAAGUUUUGUGAAAUUGAUUUCUUUUUUUUUCUGUAAUAUGCACAGAGGUGACUUGCCUGUUUUACUUUUCUCUGUUCAUCUUGUUGCUUGUCUUUGUAGGUGUAGAUCACAGCUGCUAUUGUGGCUGUGAUAACAUCUCUGAAGUGCAGGAAUCUGACAGAGAACAGAAUAAACCUGAAACAAACAUUCUGUUGGGGCUUCUUACUGUUCAUGGCAGUGUAAAUGCAUUGGCUCAGUCAGGAACAGUUCUGCUGUCAGCAGUGUGCUCCCAGUUAAUGGUACUCGGCAAAUGGUAUGUCCUACUAUGCUAAUUAAAAUAAUAAUUACACACCUUACUGCCUUUUAAAGAAUAUUGAAGGUUGUAAAUUCAAGUACUUGGGAAUUAAAUAGGACUAAAAACAA